AUGUCGGUCCUCACCAGUGAUCUCAGCUCCCACCUUGCCCUCGUCACCGGUGCAAGCGGUGGCAUUGGAAAGGCAACAUGCCUAGCUCUUGCUGAAAAAGGCUGCUCCAUUGCCGCCCACUAUUACAGUAACUCUGAUGCUGCCAACGCUCUCGUUGAUCAGCUGAAGGCCAAGGGCGUGAAAGCGCAAGCUUUUCAAGCAGAUCUAAGCAGCUAUGAUGAAGUUCGAAAACUCCACGCCUCGGUGUCCUCAGAACUCGGAGCUCCUACAAUCCUCUUCAACAACGCUGGUAGCACGUUGUCCAAACACGGUCUCCGCUCCGCCUCCGAAAUCUCGAUCGAGGACUUUGAAUUGACCUGGCGCUCGAACUGCGGCUCCGCAUUCCUCCUCACACAGCUAUGUCUUCCUGAUAUGGAGAAAGCUGGUUGGGGACGCGUCAUUUUCUGCUCCAGUGUUGCCGGCCUCAACGGCGGGGUAGUCGGUCCACACUACGCGUCUUCCAAGUCGGCGCUGCAUGGGCUGAUCCAUUGGCUCGCGGGAGCUUAUGCUGCAAAAGGCAUCACUGUCAAUGGUGUCGCUCCCGCUCUUAUUCAGGACACAACCAUGCUUCCGGGAGCUAAUGAAGAGCUGGCAAAGAAACUCCCCGUCGGACGCCUUGGCCGCCCAGAGGAGAUUGCAGAGACAGUGAUGUGGAUGGUCAAGACUGGCUAUGUAACGAACAAGAUUAUUACUGUGGACGGCGGGUGGGUCGCACACUGA